UUGUACGAUAUGUUUGAUGAAGACGCAAGGAAACUGAGAACAAUCCGGAUGGUGAUUAGCAAGCCGGUAAUAGGAGAGAAAUUUAAUGUAGACCAGUGUAAAGGGCUAUCAAGACUUUUGGGACGAGAUUUWCUGCCAAUGAUCCCCGAGGGAAAACGAUAUUGGUCCGAUGGAUCAAUGUAUCUUUAUUCACUAGGGAAGAAGGCAAAAAUUUUUUACACUACUACGAUGAAUCCGGUUACUAUUAGUCCAAAUACUACAACCAGUUUUCCAACUAUAACUACUACAAUUCGUCGUCCAACUACGACUACUACAAAACGUCCAACUACAACUACUACCAGACGUCCAACUACAACUACAACCAGUCGUCCGACUACAACUACUACAAAACGUCCAACUACAACUACUACCAGACGUCCAACUACUACUACUAAGCGUCCUAGUAUUAAUGGAUAUCAUUAUAGUAUGGAUGAUUAUUUUCUUGAUCUUGUACUUUCUAAUUUAAG